GUCGCAACAAAGAAAAAAACAUAAUGGAAUAUGAGCUUGGACUUGCUGCUCUCACCUUCUUUUUUCUUCUAGCGUCCCUAUUUUGUUACUCAUGGAUAGUAGUACUCGGCAACUCAAAAACACGAACAAAGCCACCACUUCCGCCCGGGCCAUACGGCCUUCCGAUUCUCGGAUACCUCCCGUUUCUCAAACACAACUUGCACCACCAGUUCACACUACUGUCUCACAAGUACGGCCCCAUUUACCGCCUCUGGCUCGGCAGCAAACUCUGUGUCGUUGUAAGUUCGCCUUCCUUGAUAAAGCAGAUAGUUCGCGAUAAAGACUCCAUUUUCGCGAACCGGGACCCGCCGGUUGCAGCACUAGUCGCCACGGGCGGGUACGACAUCGUCUGGACGGCAAACGGUCCCUACUGGCGCGACAUACUGAAGCUGUUCGUUCGUGAGAUGAUGAGCAACACCAACCUCCAGGCUUCGAAUGUUUUCCGCACGGAGGAAGUGCGGAAGCUUAUCGGGAAUCUCGAUACACAAAUCGGGAGUCCCGUUCAAAUUGGCGAACUCAUUUUUCUGACAGAGCUCCAUCGAAGCAGGCUUGGAGACAAGUUUCGGGUUCAUAUUUCGAAACUCGUCGAUUUGUUGGGAAAGCCUAACGUUUCCGAUUUUUUUCCGGUUUUGGCUAGGUUUGAUUUGCAGGGAAUCGCGAAAGAAAUGAGGGGUGUGGUGGUUGAGGUGGAACGAAUUUUCGAUUGUUUUAUCGAUGCGAAAGUGAAGAGCAUGGCGGCUGGUGGUGGUAUGGAGGGUGAAGAAAGGAGUAAGGACUUUAUGGGAAUUCUUUUGGAGCUCAAGGAUAAGCAACUCGGAGAAGGCUCAACAUUUGGUUUAACUCAAAUCAAGGCGAUUUUGAUGGAUAUUGUUGCCGGCGGGAGCAAUACUACGGCAACGAUGGUCGAGUGGGUGAUGACCGAGCUUUUGCACAACCCGAGUAUAAUGCAAAAAGUGCAGCAAGAAGUAACAAAUGUUGUAGGAGCGAACAACGUCGUUGAAGAAUCCCACGUAUCGAAACUGCACUAUCUCGAAGCAGUUGUAAAGGAAACAUUCCGCCUACAUCCUCCAUUGCCACUCCUCGUUCCAAGGUAUCCGAGUGAAUCUUGCACGAUCGGAGAGCACACAAUCCCAAAGGGGUCAAGGGUCUUCUUGAACAUGUGGUCAAUCCACAUGGACCCGCAUGUUUGGGAGAAUCCUUUAAUAUUUCGACCCGAGAGAUUUUUGAAUGAUAACUCCGAAAAAUUUGAUUUCAUUGGAAACAACAUUGAGUAUCUUCCGUUCGGAUCGGGGAGAAGGGUGUGCCCUGGUAUUCCGUUGGCUGAGAAGAUGGUAAUGUAUUUGUUGGCAACACUCGUUCAUACGUACGAGUGGGGGUUGCCAGAGGGACAAAAGAUUGACCUGUCCGAGAAAUUUGGGAUUGUUAUGAGGAAAGAAACACCACUCAUUGCUGUUCCUUAUCAUAAAUAACCAAAUAUGAACUUGUUUGUAUGCAUAAUUAUGGGUUUUUUGCAAGGACCACCCCUCUAUAAUUUUGAAUUGCCGAAAAACCCCUCGUGUUAAAUAAAUUAGUAGGAACCCCCCGAUGAAAAUUAGUCAAAGGCAAAAAAUCCCUUGACAACAUGUCGUGUGUUGUACGCGCGGCUUGUGUAAGUGAGAGUGUAAUUUUUGACGUGAAAAGUCAAAAAUACCCUCUUAAAUUAUUUUAUAAAUAAACAUAAAUCCAAUUGGGUUUAAAUGCAAAU